GGGAAAAAAGGGAACAAAGGGAGACAAAACAGCGCAAAGGAGCGAACGAAACGAAAUUUCGGCCAUCUCUGAUCUCGAAUAGUACAAGCUUUAUUCAAUUUGAUUCAAAACUAAAGAAAUUUCAAGUUAAUGACUUUAUCAGAAGGAAGACAAACAAAUAUAUACUGUCGCCUUGCACUCAACUGGCGUCUUUCUUACAUUGGCACUCAACUGCCCUUGACUUUUGAUUUUCCUGAAUUUCGAAAAAAUUUUCUGAAAUUUUUUAGUUUUCAAAAAUACUUUUUAAAAAUUUUUUUAUUUUGCAUAAUUUAAUUUGUUAUUCUACACAAUUAUAAUAUAUAUUUGGACUUGAAUUUUGAAUGGCCUCUUUAAUAAAGAAUCAAAUUGUAAAACAUUUGUCAACAUUUGCUCGAAAUUUAAAACCUGAACAAAUUUCGUUGGAAGUACUUCGAGGAAAGGGACAAUUGAGAAAUUUGGAGCUUAAUGAAGAAGUUAUUUCUGAACGGUUAGAGUUUCCGCCUUGGUUGAAAAUUGUAAAGGCGCAUUGCUCGAGUGUGACUGUUAAAAUCCCCUGGACACAAAUUAAAUCUGCUCCGGUUCAACUGGUUGUUAUUCGACUAGUUACUCCAACUUCCCCAAAUAUUUUGAAAAAGACGAGCCCUACACAUAAUAAAUCUUAUGAUUUACCCGAGCGUGUAUUGGAAUGUCUUUCUUUGUAUGUCCAAUCUAUUGAAAUUUAUUUUGAGACGGAGAGUAAUUCUACAAUUAAUUUUGGGGGGUCAAUAAUGCUUUCCCAUUUGGUGCUAGAAAGUCGUAUGCCUAAUUUUCAUGAAUGGCCGAAUGGACAAAUUCCAAAAAUUAAUAUGACUAGAAUUCAUGAACGAACUUUAGGUCAAGUCCUUUUCUUUAAACAUGUUAGUUGGAGAGUUUUAAAAAUUGAAGCAAGUCACAAUAACAACAACAAUUUAAAUGAAAAACAAACUCGAAGAGGAAGUGCUUUAAAUUCUCCUUUACGUUUACUUACAGAAAAUGGACGUUGUCGAAUUACUAUAAAGAAAAAUACUGCAGAUUGUUCUCUCAUUGCUGGCCGAAUGGAAUUAUUAUUUGACGAAAUACAUUGGCUCGCCUAUAUGGCGCAUUUACGUUCUGCUAUAGACUUUUACCAGCAUAUUAUGUAUCUAGCAAAUUUAUCUUCUAAUAUUUUACCAAAACAAUUAAGUGUACAUCAAUUUGUGCAAAAGAAUGCAACAGUUUCUGCUUCUUCAGCUCCCCAUGUCUCUAGUAGUAACAUUAAUGUUUUUCGUCAACACGAUAUUACUCAAUCCUCACAUCAUUUAUUAAUUUCACGAAUCGAUUUACAUUUGUGUGAUGAUUCUUCUGCUGAAGAUCUCCCACCCGAUUGGAAUAUCGAUAGUGGAGCAAUGCAAGCCACUAUACUCAAACUUCGUGUCGACUUUUAUCCGCAACACAAAGUUUUUGAGACUGAUGGAAAACAAUCUUCACGUUCUAAUUGGUUGCGUUAUGUGGCACCAAAUACUUUUACUGAUUUAGCUAAUCGACAGUUGGAUCAUCAUUUUGGCUUAAUUAACAGCAAAAUGGACUCCAACACACGUUUGCGUUUUGAACGUAUAUGGCCUCAAUUAGUUUCUGCAAAUGUAGUUAUUCGUAUUGAGGAUUUAAUUAUUCAGGCAAUUUCUGAACGUAGUACAAAAAAAGAUGAUAUUAGUUAUCUUAUAGAAGUAAAUCAAAGUUUAAAAAAUAGGAUGCCUCAACCUUUAUCUUUUGCACAUUUGGAGAUUACUAGUUAUAAUUUUCCUGCAACUGACAGUUAUCCAGUUCCACCAAAUUCUGUUUAUUUAAUGUUGGCACCUUUUGUAUUAAUUCCUGAUACAAAAUCUAUUCGUUGGUUAAUUUAUGCAUUUGAAAAUAUUUUAAAUUCUUUCGAAGCACCUCAACAUUCUAUUAUUAAACAAGAUAAUUCUAACGAUAAACAAGUUGAAAUUAGAAUUGAAAUGAUUAUGCCAAAAAUUAUGCUCAAUCCAGAUAAUUUAACAUUAACUCUAUCAACAUUAUUAAAUAAAAAAGAAGAUGAAGAAGAAUCAACCCGAAAUUUUUCUUCUUCUUCAAAUAAUCAAGACAAACAACCACCACCAAUUAAUAAUAACCAAAAUUCUCCAAUUUUUCCAAAAAGAUUUUUUAUUCAUUUAACAACAAUUUUAUUCUCAAAUUAUACAUUACUCAGCGAUACAGACAUUAAUAUUCAACUUAAAUUUCCUCGAGUGCUUAAAUCUAAAGCUCAACGUUAUUCUACUUUAAAUUUUAUUAAACUUGUUGAAAAUUUGUGUUUUGAUAAUUCUAUUGGAGAAGAAAAAGAAGAAUAUUUAAUGUUACAAACAAUUUUAAGAAGAAUAGGUUUUUUUUUUAUUUUUUAUAUUUUACACAGUUGA